AAGUUUCGUUAUGCACGAGUUUUAUUGCUCGUGUCACUAAAUCCGGAUAUAUUUCCUUAAAGGAUAUUGGAAACAAACAGUUUGAUGAUCGGACGGCGCACGUAUCAAUACAAGACUUUCUUUGAUUGAUUCAUUUCGACCCGGGCAUUCGGUGGAGAAUGUUGAUCUUAUUGGCAUUGUUUGCGCUCGCGCCCUCUGUUGUGGAGAAUGCGUCUCAGAAGAAGGGGCUGGCUAUUGAUACGCCAAAUUUAAUGUGCGAUGAUUUCCGUGUGAUGACAGGAGUGUCGUGGUGGUACGAUUGGGGGCAGAAUUAUGACCAGUUUAAACACGCAUGCCCGCACCAUCAAUCCCCCAUGCCCCAGUUCGUGCCCAUGGUUUGGGGCCGCAAGUUCGCUUGGAACAUCCAGAUUCCAGGGGGCUCGCAGUUCGUUCUCGGGUUCAACGAACCCGACCAUGGUGAACAGGCUAAGAUGUCGCCAGAGGAAGCAGCAAGACUCUGGCGAAAUAUCGAGAGAGCGGCCCCCGGCGUCGCGCUCGUUGCGCCCGCGCCAGCGCUACACAACUUCGAGUGGCUCGAUCCGUUCUUCCAGCAUUGUCAAGGAUGUCGAAUCGACUAUGUCGCGGCCCACACUUACUUUUGUAGCGCUGACGAAACCAUGAAUUACUUGGAGAGGUUGUGGAACCGCUACCACAAGAGGAUUUGGCUGACCGAGUUUGCGUGCGCUAAAACUGGGGACAUUUGGGGGCAGUAUUGGCUGAUGAAGACUCUGUUGCCGAGACUGGAGGCGGCACAUUACGUCUUCCGCUACUCCUGGUUUAUGGGCAGACUAAAGAGAGAUGAGCCAAACGGUUGGAUCCGCCAGUCUGCUAGUCUGUUUGAAGCCCACUCUUCUACCUUGACGAUGAUUGGUCGAUUCUACAACGACUUCUAGCCGGAUGGCCACAGCUCUUCCAUCAUUGGAGCUUGGUCCUAGGAAAACUGGGCUUAACGCAUGUGCGUAAAAAGCCAUCCCAGAUUAUCGUUUGAAGUCCGCACAUGCUAAUCAGGAAAGACGCUUUCCGCCUUAACUGUAUUUUCGUUUAAAAGAGACUUUCUUUAAACAGAAAAAUCCAUAAAAGCGGGAAGUGUAGUCCUUAAUCCCUUAUCUGGGACGACACUUUGCGCACAGGUAUUAAAGCCAGUUUUCCCAGAACGCGGCUCAUUGGAUAGGAUGAAAUCAGUCGCGUAUGAAGCUGCCAGUAAUUGGGGCCGCCAAUUUUUAACAUAUAUUGAACACGAACAAAGUUUUAUAUUUCUUUAUUAUCAUAUACACAUUAUAAUCGGCAACGGUUUUUCUAUUUUAAGUAGCAUUUCUGACCCUAAAAUUAAAGAAGGUCGCAAGGGCCACUUAUGUUGUGCAUAUGAACAGGCCUUGUAAUAUGCACAUCCAGUGAUAAUUUUUCAUGUGCGUUUUGCGUUAUUCGCGCAUUAAAAUUACCAAAGCGCAUCUGACUAAACUAUCUGCGUCUAAAAAAGCGCAUUGAUUCUCAAGAAAUACAAAAUCGGAAAGGUACUUGUCAAUACUUAAAACGGCCUUAUUUUUUCCAUAUUUAUCGGAACGCAAAAGGUGAUUUCUACUGUAACAUAGGCUAUAUGUGUACUACGUAUUACUAAGUCUUUUGUAUUUGCAUUUAAUACUGGUUCUCUGCUUUGUGCGUGAACUAUAAGGAUUAAUAAGACGACGUAGAACCAUCAAACCACUUUCGCUUUCUGAACUGUCAAAAUGCCACCAAAAAAAUAAUAAAAUCCUGUCAAGAUCAAUUGACUUUGUUUGAAGGCUGCAUUUGGAAUUGCUGAUAGUUAUAAACAUGUAGCAUCAUCCGACGGCGUCAGGGAGGCAAAUACAUCUACUUUUAGUCUAUUUCGAACAAGUUUUUGCCUUAUUGGCUCUAUUCAAAGAAUUGAACUCGGAACUCCAUGUUAAUGUUAUGUGUUUUAGUGAUAACAAACUCGGAACUCAGUGCUAAUGUUAUGUAUGUGUUUUUAGCUAUAACAGUCACCUUUAGAAAUUAAAAUGUUUAUGAAUCAUUAAAACUUUCAUGAUG